CUCUCUACAUUUCCCUGAUCACUGACCCCCACCUUCCCAUUCUUUUCCCUCUCUCUUUCUCUCUCCUCUUUUGCUUUUCAGCCUCCCAUAGCAUCUUAGUUUUUUAUUCCACCUAAAAAGUAGAUAAUUAAAUUGACUGCAACACAUGAGAGAGAAAGAGAGGGACAGAGAGAUCCCAUCUAGCAUAUAUGAUCAGUUCAUGUUGUUUAGGGUUGGAACCAUAUAAUUAAGAAGGCUAGCUAAGCUACCCCAUUCCCUUUGCUUUUCUCCUAAUUCAAACACUAAUAUACUUCUUCCCACCUUAGUCAGCUUUAACUGUUUCCAAACUGUGUCAAACUUAGGAUUCAAGAAACAUCUUCGCUAAGAUAUGUUAGAAAGGAUGGAUGAUGGAGAAAUUUCAAAUGCUUUCCCUCACCACAACACUUCAACUGCUGCAUCAAAUAACCAGCCUCCUGUCUUGAAGAGGAAGAGAAACCUCCCUGGAAACCCAGAUCCUGAAGCUGAAGUUAUAGCCCUAUCACCAAAGACACUGAUGGCCACAAACAGAUUCGUGUGUGAAAUUUGUCUGAAGGGUUUCCAAAGGGAUCAAAACCUUCAACUCCACCGACGAGGGCACAACCUUCCUUGGAAGCUGAAGCAGAGAACAAGCAAAGAAGUGAGGAAGCGAGUCUACGUGUGUCCAGAGAAGACUUGUGUCCACCACCAUCACUCAAGGGCUCUGGGAGACUUAACUGGGAUAAAGAAGCACUUCUGCAGAAAGCACGGUGAGAAGAAGUGGAAGUGUGAGAAGUGCUCAAAGCGUUAUGCUGUGCAGUCAGAUUGGAAAGCACACUCAAAAACCUGUGGAACCAGAGAAUACAAAUGUGACUGUGGCACUAUCUUUUCACGGAGGGAUAGCUUUAUCACUCAUAGGGCCUUCUGUGAUGCCUUAGCAGAAGAAACAGCAAGGGUGAACGCAGCAUCAAACAUAAGUAACUACAGCAUCAUGCAAAAUUCCCUUGGCCCUAACAUGACAACCCAUUUUUCAUCAUUUUUCAAGCCAAACUCAUGCACUGAGGAAACAGUUAAUAACCAAACAUCCAAGGGCCUAUCCCUUUGGAUGACUCAAACAUCUCAGGCUCAUGAGCCAAUAAUGGCUAACAACAAUUUGCACGAGUUUCAUCAACUUGGGUCUGCUUCAAGCCCAACAACAGCAAUUUAUGGUGGGAAUCCACUUGCUUCAUGCUCAAACCCACCACCCUCUAAUUAUCAUCUAAAUUGGGUGUUUGGAAAUAAACUUUCCUCAAAUGGAAGUCAUCAAGAGCUAACUAGCACUGCUUCACUUCCACUUGUGAAUAACAUUGUUAAGGAUAACCCAAACCUUCAGCUCAUAAGUGUUCCUUCCUUGUAUAGCUCACAACACCAAUCCCAUCAAACAAAUUCAGCAAACAUGUCAGCCACAGCUUUGUUGCAAAAAGCUGCACAAAUUGGGACAACUUCAUCGGACCCAUCAUUAUUCCUUGGGAACAUAGGUUUGAAAUGCAACAGUCCAGGUCAAGAUGGGAACAAAUUUUGUGGCAUGUACGGUUCAAGUUCAGUAGUACUCACAAGUCAUGGCAGUGAGGCAGAGAAUAAUUAUUCUGGUGAUUUGUCACAAAUGCCCCCUUCAAAACGACGGCACGUACAGAAUGAAGAGACUGCAUGGGGACAAACUAGGGACUUUCUCGGUGUUGGUGGUGUCAACCAUUUGCCACCCUUCAUCAACCAACGGAUGGAUUUGAUUUGAUAUCACGCAUUCAAAUGUCAAUUUAUUUUUUUUUAGUUUUUUCUUUUUCUCAAGGGAACAUGUGAUAAUAAAGGAAGAGUUGGAGUCUUCAACAUAUAACUAUAUUAAAUAUUUAGACGAAAAACUGUGAUUUAUAACAGUGUUAUCUGAUUCAAAUA